GGCUGCCUGCCUGCCUGCCUGUCCGUGUGUGGCUGCUGUUGCUGCGCGCCUUUUUCCGCCUCUUGGAGCAGCAGCAGCAGCUAACUUCCCUCCUAGCCUUUGGGGGCUUGAGUCUUCUUCCUGACUGGAAUAUGGCAUCGGAGACAGAUGACUCAUCAGCCAGGUCUGGCCCAAACAGGCCGCAUCAGCCAACAUCAGCUGAUGCAUCGCCUCAUGGGAGGCGAUCCUAUUACCAGGCUACACUAAUGAGGGAACCCUGCACAACAAUGAAUCCUCAAAGAACGUCCUCAUCUAGAAGACCAGUGCCUGUUCCAGAUGACGGGGUAUUGCUGGAAGGACUGCCAGGUCAGCCAACAUGGCAAAGAGAUGUCGAAAUGCUCAGACGCCUUGUGUCAAGGCGAGAGGCUAGCUUGGAAGGCCAACCUAGGCCACAGAUUCAAGAACAGGAGAUCAUUCGUUUCCGAAGAGCUCUGUAUCGCUCUGGUAUUCACGUUAGGAGCAUUGGAGAUGGAGGACGUUAUAGAGACACCUCGGCUGAAUUUCUUUGCAGGAAUUCUGCCUCUCUUCAGAGGCUGGUCCCAUGGCUAACGCGUGAACUUACUGUCUUGUUGGGCACUCUCAGCUCUCUAGUCAGGUUUGUGCAACGUAUCAUCAUGAGACAUGUGGUUAGACAUGAUAUGGAGAGCCAAGCACUUGCUAAAAUGUUAAAACCUUACUUGCUCCAUUGCACAGAACACUUCGUGCAUGGGUUUAUCAGCUUUGCCAGGUGCCCUUUUAAUAUAGAGGCAUAUGAUCAGCACGCAAACUAUGAGUGUCCUGCUCCUUCGUAUGAAGAAGGAAGUCGUUUGGGAUCCUCCAUUAUUACGAUCUCUCCAGACGGGGCAGAUUCCCAACCAGCAGAUUGUAAUCCCUUCACAGUUGGUACUGGCCAGGCUCCUUGGGAUGAUGAAACACCAGGCCCUUCCUACUCCAGCUCAGAGCAGGCUCGUGCUGCCAUAUCUGCUGCUUUGGGCACUUCAGAGAACAGUGAUGAAGGGCCCUCUGCACACACCACUGAGCCUCAAAGGCAGUUACCAGCAAGUGCAGAGACCAAUGGUGCCAGUGGCGACGAUUCCUCUAACAACUGUGCUGUUGUUGGCUAUGUGAAACCACGAGUGGAGAGGACACCAGAACUUGUGGAGCUGUCUUCAGACUCUGAGUCUGAGGCAUCAGCUGAUGGGGGCAAACGUGGAGAAGUGAAAGAAGUACAGCCCAUCCGGUAUCACAGGUUUGAUGCUUAUGGCCACAGAUUAUCUAAAAAAAGGAAAUCUGAUGUGCAAGAUUCUCACAGUAGAGAGCGGCAUGGCCUUAAAAGAAAGAGAAAGCAUCAUAGCCGGGAAAAACGAGAAAGGAAGAGAGAUCGCAGCAGACGCAAACAUAGGAAGAACAAAAAGAAGUCAAGAACUAGAGACAAGAGUCUGUCUCGCAAAAGUCAAACACGCUCUCCAAGUAGCGAGAGUGGUAUGUCUAGGGAUCGAAGCGGACCAAGAUCCCGCAGCGGUGAGUCCAAGAUAAGAGAAUCACAGAGCAAAGAUUACUUCAGAGAUGGUUACCAAUGUAAAAAACAUAGCUGUUACCAUAGAAAUAGAAGCCCAGAUGGUUAUGAACCAAGAAGGCAACCCAAUAGCAGAGCUAGAACUCUUUCUAGUGAGUCUGAGGGAACAAGAGCUGAAAAGCUUCGAGGGAAAAGGAAGUACAAGUCUCAUCACUUGGAGAGCAGCACACCCAGAGGAAAUGAAGACGCUUCUUCUGCCAAGGAAGAAAGGGCUCUUCAGACACCUUUGCUCAACUACAGAGACUCUUACAAAAAGACAGCUAGUUUUGUGGCUGGGCAACCAGAAACGGAGAUUCAACACAAAAAGGGGAAGAAAAGGUCGAGAAGCCCAACUGUGGAGAUUAUUGAUGAAGGAAACGCCACCGACGUGAGACACCAUACAAAGAAGAGGGAAAGGGAGGAAAACACACCAAAAAGCCAUACGGGCAACUCUCCAUUCUCUUCUCCACUUGUCAUCACAAUAGACAGUGAAAGUGACAAAGACCUUGAAAUCCAAGGCAAUAUUGAGCGUGAUAGUAGCAUUUCCUGGAGUCCCACCAUGCAACGGAAUGACAGAGAAAGAGCGUUUCCUUCACCCGUCUUGGAAGUCAGAGACUGUAGUUAUGACCGAGCUAAUGAAUCAGACAAAAUUGACAUGGACAGCAAUGUGACUACCACAGUGGAGGAUGGAGAUGAGACUCCAUGUAGAGUUGCACAGCUGCAGGAAAGUGCCAAUCAACAGGAAUCUCCUGUGAGGGAGAGUAGUAGUAGUAGUAGUAGUAGUUCACUUGAGACAGGCAAUCAGCCUAGCAGCACAGAAAGGGACUUAGGCAACCGGUUUCUAGCCAACAGAUCGUCUUUGUUUGCAAGGCUGAAAAAGCUGAUGGAAGAGUCACAUCGGCGGGACUCAUAAUAAGAGAAAGUGUCAUUUUCUACCCGGUCAUUUUUAAAUGAGGAGAAAGCAACAACAACUUUUGAUUAGACUUUUCAUAAAAUACAAUAUACCAGCAAUGAAAUAUGCAUUGCACUCACUGCUCCAAAGGUCAACUUGAAAUGACCUCUUUAAUGCAUAAAAGAUAUGAAAAGAUAUUAAAAUAACUUCCCAAUUUCCCCACAAAACAUGUAAGCGAAAACAAACCUGAGCCAAUGUUUGGGUGUAAUACACCAUCCUCAGGGCUCCAUUUAGCAUGUCAGCUGACGGCACUUAAAUACAGAAGCUGAGAACCAAACGCAGCAAACAGACCAUAGAUACAUUUAUUAUUUAUGACUUUUCUGAGUGUGUGUGUGUGUGUGUGUGUGUGUGUGUGGGCACCUCUUCCUUGCCCAGAGGUUCUGUUUAUCCUCACAACCCCGCUGAGAGGUGGGUUAGGCUGAGAUAUAAGUGACUGGCCCAGGGUCACCCACUGAGUUUCAUAGACAAGUGGGGAUUUGAACUCAGGUCUUCCAACGCUCUGACCAUUACACCACACAUGAGGGAGGAGAGAGAGCAGACCUUUUGCACAGAAGAUAUUAAGGGUAUUCACACGACCAGUGGGAUGGCAGCAGGGUCCAACUCGCCUCCCCCCCCCCAUGAUGGCAUGCCUCCUCUUCGAGCGUGCUACUGUGUGACUACAUGAUCUGCACUGCUUGGAACAGUGCGGAUCUCCAGAGGCCAGGACACUGCGUCCUGGCCUCCGGGUAUCCCACAAUGCACCACGCAACAAGUGCAGUGCCUUGGGGGAAUACCCCCAUGAGACGGGCCCUCUAGGCGCCCCCCUCUGUGUGUGCUUGGGCUGCAAGCAGCCUGAGCUCACACAUGAUCACGGCUGCAGAGUUAGGGGCACGCUCAUGCCCUUAGCCUCGGUGAAAGGCUGGGCUUAGAGGGUGGGUUUGGCUGGGUGGAAGCACCAGAAUCCAAGAUCACUAGAGCAGCUGUUGCACUUGGCGUGGCCACUCAUCCCCCCGACUCACUGCCAGAAAUGGCGGGCCAGGGGGAAGCCAUUUGACUUGACGGCUUUGCCCAGACGAAUUGAAUUUGUGCAACCUAGAUACUGAGAUCAUAGAGCUCCUGUCUCAUGGGGGUAUUCCCCAGUGCACCGCGCUCAUUGCACAGUGCAUUCUGGGAUACCCGGAGGCCAGGGCAAAAUGUCCCAGCCUCCAGAGAUCCAGGCUCCUCCGA